AUGAGUUGCCAACCUUUUACUUCGGCUGAUACCUUUAUACCUCUGAAUUCCGAGUCUUCUGCAACUCUGCCACUGAUAAUGCAUCACAGCGCUGCCGCCGAGUGCCUACCGGUCUCCAACCAUGCUACCAAUGUGAUGUCCACAGUCCCGUCUGUUUUGUCUUUGAUCCAAACUUCUACAUGUUUGCGUACAUAUUUCUUGACAAUGUUGGGAAAUACAGCAACCGGACUUCAUUAUUCUGUUCCUUCCUGUCAUUAUGGAAACCAACCAUCAACCUAUGGAGUGAUGGCAGGCAGUUUAACCCCUUGUCUCUAUAAGUUUCCUGACCACACCCUGAGCCAUGGAUUUCCGACCAUGCACCAGCCCCUCCUGGCAGAGGACCCCACAGCUGCUGAUUUCAAGCAGGAACUCAGGAGGAAAAGUAAAUUGGUUGAAGAGCCCAUAGACAUGGAUUCUCCAGAAAUUCGAGAACUUGAAAAGUUUGCCAAUGAAUUUAAAGUGAGAAGAAUCAAGUUAGGAUACACCCAAACAAAUGUUGGGGAGGCCUUGGCAGCUGUGCAUGGCUCUGAAUUCAGUCAAACAACUAUCUGCCGAUUUGAAAACCUGCAGCUCAGCUUCAAAAAUGCAUGCAAACUGAAAGCAAUAUUAUCCAAAUGGCUGGAGGAAGCAGAGCAAGUGGGAGCUUUAUACAGUGAAAAAGUGGGAGUCAAUGAGAGGAAGAGGAAACGCAGAACAACUAUAAGUAUUGCUGCUAAAGGGGCUCUGGAGAGACACUUUGGAGAGCAGAGUAAGCCCUCCUCUCAAGAGAUCAUGAGGAUGGCGGAAGAACUGAAUCUCGAGAAAGAAGUAGUAAGAGUUUGGUUUUGCAACCGAAGGCAGAGAGAAAAACGGGUGAAAACAAGUUUGAAUCAGAGCUUAUUUACGAUUCCCAAGGAAAAUCUUGACUGCAGAUAA